UUGUUGACCUCUCCAUUACUAAUACUUCUACUACACCUUUAUCUGAUUCCGAUUUUAAUAACUCUUCUUCUGAUACAAUUCCCUUACGCUUAAGCAAACAAAUAACAGGUGAUGAAGAGUUUAUGAUAGAAUUGGAAUUAAAUAAAGGUAGUAAUAUGCGAUGUUAUACUUAUGACGAGGGAGUUUCGAAUUUACCAAGUGAUUUAGUAGUUCAGGAUAAUACCUUAAAGAGAGGUUUAACAAGUGUUGAAGCUUUAGAAAAAUUGGUUUCAGUAACCAAUAAAAUUUUAGCUGAACAUAAAAAACCUGCUUUAACAAGGAAAU